AGUUUGAGCUGAACGGAUCACAAUCGUGCAGAGUGGAAAUUGCCAAGCUAUUAGAAUAUUGAUUCAAAAUGACAAUGUUUUCGUUGCUGGUGGCUUUAGCACUAAUUGUAGCAGUUAAUGCUGCUGAAGGAGGGAUGAAUAUAAAUAUAAAACAACCAAAUGCUCAAGUAUAUCACCAACAGAAUGCGCGCAAUGAUCAAUUCAACUACGGCUACCACGUGGACACGGUAAGCAAUCAGUUCCAGCAUAAGGUUAAAGGGUCCGACGAUGUGACAUAUGGUUGCUAUGGCUAUGUUGAUCCUUCUAAUAAGAAGCACCUCGUGUAUUAUGUUGCGGACCGUAUGGGAUAUAGAAUCAUUUUUCCAAAUCGUCCAACUAAAAUUUUUACUGAGAGACUGUCCGACAGUUUGAAUAAACUUGAUGGAUCAGUGAAAAGCAAAGACUAUGAUGAGAAAGUCGUCGCAUGGAACGAUCUUUAUCUACCUGAUGCGUGUUUCCGCUUGGAUGAAAUUCUAUCUUCGGCGGCUUCGGAUGUACAACAGCAAACCGUGCGACCCGAACGCGUUCCAGUUCCUACUUCAACAAGGGUUGAACCGAUCUAUGUGCAACCUGAACUGCCGAAUCCUACACAAUAUACCAUACCUACCACUCCUGCUACAAGCUAUGUCCAUUCAAAUCAACACAAUGAUCGAUACACGGGUGAGACUUAUACGGGUCAACAAGUACGUGAUGGUGAUUUUUCAAGCGGACGAGGAUCUUAUGAUCAAGGAGGUAAUAAUAACAAUUUGGAAGGACAAACCGUCCAGCAGACAGUCACGACAUGGUCCGGUACUCUGCCGGACAUCAACCCGGCUAGUAUCAAUCUGGACCAGUUCAAUAUCCACGCUACAUUCAAUUCAGCUGGUUCUCAGUUUGCUGCCCAGCAACAAUACGGUUUGAAUAUAACCCAAUUGCUUGCUCAAAUCGAAGCUGUUAAUUCGCAAGUGAUUACACUCAAUAUGCUGCUAGCGGGAAUGGCCAACAAUCCAGCGUCUUUCAGUAGUGCCAACGAGGGAAGUUGCAAUACGGUAGUUCAACUUCUUCGAAACCAGAGGACAACACCACAACUCGUCUACGUACCUAUUCUGAUUCCUUACGUUGAAGGUCAACACAAUGUUAAUCAACCCUUCGGCCAUACUGCUGAACGUUAUCAGCAGCAGCAAAAACCGUGUCAUCGCUGUCAGUGAUAAGGAACAUUAUUGAUGUAGAAUAAAAUGGCUGUUUGUUCUUU